GGGGCCGGGCUUUUGUUUGCUUCCUCCUAGAUCGCACGGAUACAGUUUGGGGGGGCAGCCCAGGAAGCAGAGGCGUCCCCAGCAAAGGCAACGGGAGAGAAAAAGAAGGAGAGCCACCAAGUCUUGCAGGGUACUCACAUUUGGCUUGAUUGAGAUUUGCAAGCAACAUUGAAACAGCAUGGCUUCUGUUCCAGAUGACGGGAAAGUUCAAACCCCUCCAGCAGAGCAAAAGGGCCAGGGUUCACGGCCUUGUCCAAUUACAAAUGUUCAUCCUGAAGAAUUUGCAAAGAUCCGUAAUCAGUGUAAAGAAGAAAGUUUUUGGUACAGAGCUCUUCCUCUGUCUUUGGGAAGUAUGCUUGUUGUUCAAGGACUGGUUGGCCAAGGUGUCCUAAAACCGAAUCCUAAACUUGGACCUCUACCUAAAAUGGCACUUGCUGGUGUCCUGGGUUUUGCUGUUGGGACAAUGUCGUAUAUAAGAACAUGCCAGAAGAAGUUUGAACAGGCUGGUGUGCAGUUUCCUGGCCCAGGACGAAAAUGGCAUUGUCAUCACAUGUGUGAGGAGUGUAAGGCUAAGAAUAAAGCAAGCCAGCUGGAAAAACCACAGCCUUCUGUUUCUUAAAGCAGGUAACAUGGAAGACAUCAUUUUGUCAUGGUACUCAUAUUCAAAUAUGGCCUCACUUAUUUUUUUUAAAAAACUGCAUUUAUACACAAUGUUUAUAAUCAAUUUUAAAUAAAAUUACGCUAAUAUA